UUGGUCAUGGAAUCUUUAGUGGAGGCAACAUCCGGUGCGGUGGGUGCACUGGUCAGCACCACCAUUUUGUAUCCGCUUGACACUUGCAAGACCAAGUAUCAAGCUGAAAAUCGAGCCCACCAUCAUCAGAAAUACAGAUUUACUAUUAUUCUUAUGCUCCUCUGUAUUUAUCACUACAACAUUUUUGUUGUGCAGAGGAAUAUAUCUGAUGUCCUCUGGGAAGCAAUAUCCACCCGUCAAGUACUCUCGUUGUACCAGGGCUUGGGAACAAAGAAUUUCCAGUCUUUCAUUUCACAGUUUAUUUAUUUUUAUGGAUACAGCUUUCUAAAGAGACUUUACUUGAGAAAAAGUGGGUCCAAAUCUAUCGGGACCCGAGCCAACUUGAUCAUAGCUGCUGCUGCUGGUGCUUGCACAGUGUACACCGCGUUUGAUCAGUUAAAGCAGAGACUGCUAACGGCGAAGAUGAGAAAAGGGAAAAAUGAUGUGAUGGCAAUAUCUCCAGAAGCUCUUUCUGCAUUUUCUGCUUUUGUGUUGGGUGCUGUCUCGAAAUGCAUUGCUACAUGUUUAACGUACCCAGCUAUAAGAUGUAAAGUGAUGAUCCAGUCAGCAGAGUCGAAUGAGGGUAAAGAUAAACAUGCACAGCUUGAGUCCCGUAAGACCGUGUUUGGCGCACUCCGCGCAAUCUGGGAAAAAGAAGGUCUGCUGGGAUUCUUCAAAGGUUUACAGGCCCAAAUCCUGAAGACCGUCUUAAGUUCUGCACUGCUUUUAAUGAUAAAGGAGAAAAUCACAAAGUCGACAUGGGUCACAAUGCUUGCCUUAAGAAGGUUCAUGUUUCUUACCAGAACACAGUUAAAGAGCUCAUGAGAAAGCCUGCUGUCAAUAAAUAAUGUUAUUUUAGAAUCUUAUUUUGUAGUUCAACACCAGAAAAGGGUUUACGAUAUUCGUUUUGCGUGUUUGAGGGAGAGAAAAGAAUAAGUAAUAAGGUUAAGCAUAGACCAUAUAUCCAAUUACCACAGAGGAUUAAGUUGAACUUCAAGUUGAAAAAAGUGUGUAAUAAUGGACUCAGAAAACUAUUUGAUUGUUGCUAGUUUUCAUCUUUUUUGUGAACAAGGUUGAGUUGCACUGGUUCCUUUUUAUUUAUUUUAGGACUAAAAAUGAAGGAAUUCUGUAAGAGAAAG